AUGGCUGAACUUAGAGCACCACACCUACCCAAUGAGGUCUACCUUCAUAUCGCCAAUCAUCUUGCAGCAUGCUCCGAGGAUCAUGAACUUUUCGGUCUACGCCUCAUCAGCCAGAUCUUCACUCAAGGUGUUGACGACCACUUUCUCCGUGUUUACUACGCCAAUCGCAUGUGUCCGGCCACACUUGAAGGUCUUCGCAUACUUCGCUACAUGUUCCAGGACCUUACCCUGGCUUCUUCCACCCAGAAGCUGACAAUGGAUGAAUACAUUGGAAUUGGUUGCGUCGAUAUGGUUGCUUACGUGAAAUCGAUUCGGGACAUACUGCAAGCCAAAGUUGGUGUUGAGAACAAGACGACUCUGACUUCUUCCAGGAUUAUCUUUAUGGAAGUGUUCGAGAUGCACGAAGGUGGCGGUUCAGAAAGGAUGCGCGACUUCAUUGAGGCUGCCGAUUUCAGUCUGGCUGCUACUCCUGACUCUACUGGUACGUGA